ACACGAAUACCAACACAACCAAAGCAAACAAAAAAUAUUGUAAUUUUUCAAAAAAUCACUUUAAUCAAGCAUAUUUAAGCCUUUUAAAAAUAUAUAAAUCGCACUUAGAGGACAAUGUCGAAGAGGAGAAUUGAAGUAAUGGAUCCUUUUAUCAAGAAGAGACGCGAGGAAAAAGGCAUUCCUUUAAAUUUGCCAAAUACAGCACCGACGGCAGCAGCUGGAUCAGUUAAUCCAUUAAAUGGAGCUUUAUACUCAGCAAAUUAUCAAGCAUUAUUGAAAAAGAGAGUUUUACUGCCAGUUUUUGAUUACAGAACUGAUUUUAUGCGACUUUUAGCUGAACAUCAAUGCAUUGUGCUUGUCGGUGAAACUGGAAGUGGAAAAACUACACAAAUUCCACAAUGGGCUGUCGAUUAUGCAAGAAGUUUAAGUGCUAAAGGUGUUGCAUGUACUCAACCAAGACGAGUAGCUGCAAUGUCAGUCGCUCAGAGAGUUUCUGAAGAAAUGGAUGUUCUACUUGGUCAGGAAGUUGGUUACUCAAUUCGUUUCGAGGAUUGUUCAUCACCAAAAACUGUUUUAAAAUACUUGACAGACGGUAUGUUAUUAAGAGAAGCUAUGUCUGAUCCAAUGCUAGAAAAUUAUCAAGUUAUAUUGUUGGACGAAGCUCACGAAAGAACAUUAGCCACAGAUUUAUUAAUGGGUGUCCUUAAAGAAGUUAUUAAGCAACGAAAUGAUUUGAAAUUAGUUAUUAUGUCUGCUACUUUGGAUGCUGGUAAAUUCCAAAACUAUUUUGAUAAUGCGCCACUAAUGAAUGUUCCUGGCCGAACACAUCCUGUUGAAAUCUUCUACACACCAGAGCCUGAACGGGAUUAUUUAGAAGCUGCAAUUAGAACUGUCAUUCAAAUUCACAUGUGCGAGGAGAUUGAAGGUGACGUGCUUAUGUUUUUAACUGGUCAGGAAGAAAUUGAGGAAGCUUGUAAACGAGUUAAGCGGGAAAUUGACAAUUUAGGACCAGAUGUUGGUGAACUCAAAUGUAUUCCACUAUAUUCAACAUUGCCACCAGCAGCUCAACAAAAGAUUUUCGAGCCAGCUCCGCCAAGACGUGCCAAUGGCGCAAUUGGAAGGAAAGUCGUUAUCAGUACAAAUAUCGCAGAAACAUCCUUGACUAUUGACGGUGUUGUCUUUGUGAUUGAUCCUGGAUUUGCUAAGCAGAAAGUCUAUAAUCCUCGCAUUCGUGUCGAAAGUUUAUUGGUAUCUCCAAUUAGUAAAGCUUCAGCGCAACAAAGAGCUGGACGUGCUGGAAGAACCAGACCUGGAAAAUGCUUCCGUUUAUACACUGAAAAAGCUUACAAAGAGGAAAUGCAGGACAAUACUUAUCCAGAAAUUUUAAGAUCCAAUUUGGGAACUGUCGUUCUACAAUUGAAGAAACUGGGAAUUGAUGAUUUGGUACAUUUCGAUUUUAUGGACCCUCCAGCACCGGAAACACUGAUGCGUGCUUUAGAAUUAUUGAACUACUUGGCAGCACUAGAUGAUGAUGGAAACUUAACAGAUUUAGGCUCAGUUAUGUCAGAAUUCCCAUUAGAUCCACAACUAGCUAAAAUGUUGAUCGCAUCAUGCUCACACAACUGCUCUAAUGAAAUCCUCUCAAUCACUGCUAUGUUAUCUGGUGAGACUUUAGUCUUAAUUUUAUUAUUUAAGUAUCUUUAUCAAAUCAAAAAUUAUUUUCGAUACAUAAUCAAUGGCCUAUACCUGAAACCUAUAACCAUAUAUUUUUUCGAUCUCAUUGUUGACAAUUUUCUUGGCAAUUUUUAUUGAUUUACGGACGUGUGAAUGGGCUUUUCUGGAAUUUUUUAAUAUGAAUUCUGAUCCCCAUUCAAAAAAUUGCACAUUUGCUGCGUCCAUUUUUUCUGUUCUUUAACAUUUAAAGUGCCCCAGGCUUUUGUUAGACCCAAUGAAAUGAAGAAGCAAGCUGACGAGGCAAAAAUGAGAUUUGCGCACAUUGACGGUGAUCACUUGACGUUGCUGAAUGUCUUUCAUGCUUUCAAACAGAGCAAUGAAGACCCACAAUGGUGUUACGAGAACUAUAUCAAUUAUCGCUCAUUAAAGUCAGCAGACAACGUGCGACAACAAUUGGCUCGUAUCAUGGACAGAUUUAAUUUGAAACGUACCAGCACAGAAUUCACAUCAAAAGAUUAUUAUAUAAACAUUCGUAAGGCACUUGUUGAAGGCUUUUUCAUGCAAGUUGCACAUUUAGAGCGAACUGGACAUUAUCUGACAAUUAAGGAUAAUCAGAUUGUACAAUUACAUCCGUCAACAUGCUUAGAUCACAAACCAGAUUGGGUAAUUUACAAUGAGUUUGUGUUGACGACAAAGAAUUACAUUCGAACUGUAACUGAUGUCAAGCCUGAAUGGCUGUUAAAGCUUGCACCGCAAUACUACGAUCUCAACAAUUUCCCAUCAUGUGAAGCAAAGAGACAAUUGGAGAACUUGCAAGCACGACUAGAAAGCCGUCAAUUUCAAUUCUAAGCAUUUAAUGACGUAUAAUUUUCCUUAAUAUUAUCUCUUUUAUUAAUUAUGGUCAACAUUUGUGCGAGAGAUUUGUUUCACAUUCUUAGCCAGUACACACAGAAAAAACAAGUAAACAGUAAAGUAAAUUCUAAUAUUGUCAAGGAAUUUCUGCCGACUUUAUUACAAUUAAUG